UAAAAAAUGAUCCUAUAAAACCCUGAAGACGAACCUUUUUCACAUUUUCUUACAAUUUUUAUUUUUAUUUUCUUUGUUCGUGUCUGAUUUUCUCAGCCAAUUUUGAUCUAACUCUCACCAUGGAUCUGUUCUUCUCGUCUUGAUCUGGAUCGACUUUAAUUUAAGACUUUGUUCUUUAUUUCUCCCCCCACCGAUAUGUUCUGAAAAGGGAACGAACUCUCAACUGAUUUUGGCCUUUCACUCAUCUUCUGAUCUCGCGACCUAAAUUUAGGGCUUUCUCUUUUUUUUUGGGAGCUCUCAAAUGGUUGGGAGAGUGAAGGUGCCUUGUUGUUCCGUGUGCCACACGCGGUAUAACGAAGACGAGAGAGUUCCUCUAUUGCUUCAAUGCGGCCAUGGCUUCUGCAAAGAUUGUCUUUCCAAGAUGUUCUCUACUUCUUCCGACACUAGCCUCACUUGUCCCCGCUGCCGCCACGUGUCCGUUGUUGGUAACUCUGUCCAGGGCUUGCGCAAGAACUACGCUAUGCUUGCUCUCAUCCACGCCGCUUCCGGUGGCGGCGCUAACUUCGAUUGCGAUUACACCGACGACGAGGAUGAAGACGACGAAGAAGAUGGAAGCGAUGAGGAUAGAGCUCGUUCGUCCCGCGGGUUCCAUGCCUCCAGCUCGAUUAAUAGCUCAUGUGGUCCUGUGAUCGAGGUUGGAGCUCACCCGGAGAUGAAGCUGGGUAGGCAGAUUGGGGAAGAGAGCGGUGGUGUGGAGAUGUGGGAUGCCACUGUUGCAGGCGGCGGUGGGAGGUGUAAGCACCGUGUGGCGGUGAAAAAGAUGACUUUGACGGAGGAUAUGGAUGUAGAUUGGAUGCAGGGACAGCUUGAGAGCUUGCGGAGAGCGUCCAUGUGGUGUAGGAAUGUUUGUACUUUCCAUGGGGUUGUGAAGAUGGAGGGAUCUCUUUGUCUUUUGAUGGACAGGUGUUAUGGGUCUGUUCAGUCUGAGAUGCAACGCAAUGAAGGCAGGCUCACUUUGGAGCAGAUUUUAAGAUAUGGGGCUGAUGUUGCUCGAGGGGUUGCAGAACUCCAUGCAGCAGGUGUUAUAUGUAUGAACAUAAAACCUUCCAAUCUUCUUUUGNCCAUAGCAAACUCUUCCACGACUCUAUCCUCACCAGACCACAGUGACGACCCCAAUGACCCCGCCUCGAGAUGUUUAGCCUCCUCAGGAACCGGAAGCCUACGACGGACGUGGCGAGCCGACAUGACGGCAGAGAGCGAAUUGGGUAUGUUCAUAACGACGUCGUAG